GUUUCGUAUGGUUACACAAAGGAUUACACACAAUCUGAGACCUAUUGUUUCAACCCUUUCGCGAUACUGUGCAUCAUCUGUUGUUUGAACGUCUCUCGAUCGAUUGUUUACAUUCGAAUGCUGAUUGGUGCUGUGUGGGUGUGCUUCGAUGAGGUCGAUCUAAAGGAUAUCAGAAGGAUCCUUCGAAAAAGAAACACAGGAGCGUUCCGACUGUUUACGCAUUUUUUCAUCUGACAAUUCAACCGCAUCGGGCAGCUCACGCUCGCUAGCGCUUCGGCAGUCGCUAGCGGUAGCAGCUUCUCGUCUACUUCGGUCCUUACUGAAGUGCUUAGUGAAUCUCAGCAGCGCCAGAGGAUCAGCGGUCUCUCGAAGCACUCAGCGCAGGCUUGUAACGGCUACGGUGCCAACGGCAGUACAACGAUGGACCUUGAUCGUAAUCCAGUGCCCGAUCAGCUGGGGUUCCUGGUCCUCACCGACGAUGGGUGCGUACACGCUUCCGGUGGCGAGCUGGAGAACGACGAGCGUACUGCAAAUAUUAUCGUAAACCUGCUCACACUCACGGAGAGCGUCGAUCCGGCCCUAUUCAAGCCGCACUCUUGCCGGAAGAUAUCAAUCGUGUACCCCGACCAUAGCUACACCAUUUGCCUUUCAAACAAACGCGUUUAUGUGAUCAAAAAGCGGAAUCGUGGCGAUGCAAACUCGAACAGUGGCAACGAACCAGAGGGCCUCUCGAUUUUAGCUUAAAUAUCGGCGAUUUAGCUUUCGGCAGUAAAUAAAUAUUUGAACGCUUUCGAAAGCGAUUCAUUUUCUAAUGAA